AUGUCAGUCAAUAAAUCAAAAUUCCACCACGAACCUAAAGACCAAGACCACUGCAAAAGACUAACUAAUCAAACAAAAGAACAAAGCGAGAAAGCACAUAUUCCGUUAAAAAAAUUGAAUAAGGACGUUGAGAGUUCUUCAGAUUCAGAAUCAAGUUGUACAAUAGCUUCUUGCGAUUCAUCAGAAUAUGACCCCAGAAAUUAUCAAGAUACAGAAACAAGAAGUGACAUAAAACGCCAUCGCGAUUGUAUGAAUGGGCGAAUUCAAAUU